AUGCACAUUUUUAAUUUAGCGCAAGGCAUUCUGGAAUAUAAGCAACAGAGGGCAAAGACUGUGAUAGAUACAGACAUUCAGGCCUUUUUAGAUCGCUUCUAUAUGUCACGCAUAGGAAUUCGUAUGCUGAUUGGUCAACAUGUCGCGCUGAAUCAGCCAUCUUCUCGGUCAGAUUAUGUAGGUAUUAUUUGUACUAAAACAAAUAUUGCCCAAGCUGUCCAGGAAGCUGCCGAUAAUGCCAAAUUUAUAUGUGAAGAAUUUUAUGGCUUAUUCCGCGCACCUGAAGUCCAAUUAUAUUGUUCCGAUAAUUUGUUGUUUACGUAUGUUCCGACACACUUAAGCCAUAUGCUAUUUGAACUACUGAAAAACAGUCUGCGUGCUGUUGUUGAAAAAUUUGGUGAAGUGGACGAGUACCCACCAAUCAAAAUAAUUGUUGCUGAAGGAAAAGAGGACAUUACAAUCAAAAUAUCCGAUGAGGGAGGCGGAAUACCAAGAAGUAAUAUUCCUUUGGUAUGGACGUAUAUGUAUUCAACAGCUCAACCACAAAAACUGGACCCUGAAUUCAAUCAGACAGAUUUUAGAGCACCAAUGGCCGGAUUUGGAUAUGGAUUACCGAUUAGCAGAUUGGUACGUCGAGUCUAUUUAUUGCGACCAAGUCUUUUAUAA